GGGUGCUCUGGCUCUCCGGGUAGUUUCCUUCACUAUCAGCUGCAAACUCCUGAGGCGCGGCACUCCGCGGAGACAGCCAAAGAGAGCGGAGCGCGCAGAGCUCGGAACACGAAGCUUGGAGCCCGGGAGCGGCGAGCCCGGAGCCCAGAGCCGGGCGAUGCGGGCGCUGCUGGCUGUACCUGGGGCUUCUCUCCGUGGCGGCGGCGGCGGCGGUAUCACGGGCGGCUGCAGCGAAGGCCAUAGCAAAAGCAGCAGGAGCCGCCACCACCGGUGCGGUCUCUGAUGCACCUUCCGCUCCCAGCCUGGCGGCUCUGGGAGGAUGUGGUUCCUCGGUGUCGUUACUACUUUUUGGGGAUUGUUUUUGCUUCCAGGAUUUGCCCUACAGAUCCAGUGUUAUCAGUGUGAAGAAUUCCAGCUCGAUGAUUGCUCCUCCCCUGAGUUCAUUGUGAACUGCACGGUCAAUGUCCAAGACACUUGUCAGAAGGAAGUAAUGGAACAAAGUUCUGGAAUUCUGUAUCGCAAGUCCUGUGCAUCGUCAGCUGCCUGUCUCAUUGCCUCAGCUGGAUACCAAUCCUUCUGCUCCCCAGGGAAAUUGAACUCAGUCUGUAUCAGCUGCUGUAAAUCCUCACUCUGCAAUGGGCCCCGGCCCAAGAAAAGGGGCAGCUCAGCCACAAUGCCAAGAGCCAGGCUCCCCACUACCCUUCUUCUCUUGAAACUGGCCUUCUUCUCAGUGCACUGCUAAAAUAGAAGGAUGCUCUGCCUAGACCCCACCCUUGUCCAUUUGGCUCUCCUCUGUCCUUCCUCAAUUCCCUUGUUUCUCUUCUGAAGCAAAACUUUGUUGUUGUUUUUUUUCUCUUUUUUCCUUAAUGAAAGAGCUCAAUGUAAAAAAGAAAAAAAAAAAGAAAAUCCCAGAAAGAAACAUUUUUGUAACCUAUGACUGAAUUUUCAAUGUGCACUUAAAAGUGGGUGGGAGGUAGGAGAUGAGGGACUGGAAAUCGUAUGUUCCCUUUGUGUUACUAGAAACCAGGUCUACUUUUUCAAAAUCAGCACUUAAUGACACUAAGGUGGAUAACUUUAUUUGUCUCCUAACUCCCAACUUUCUUUCCAUAGUGUUUUUGUUUUGUUUUGUUUUGAGGAUUUGUGGAGGUGAGAGGGUCACUCAAUAAUGACUGCCUUAUUUGGAAUUCAUACUUCAUUCUCCAAUAGAUUGUUCUCUACACCUAGAUGGGGCUCUGAAGCAACCUCCAGUGCUUUGCUUUCUGAGUUGGGCUCUAGCGAUUCAAGACUCAAUUGCUCAGGCCCAGAGUCAGGCUUGGCCUCACUCUGAAAAGUUUUUAAGCAGACCUUUUUAGUUCUCCUUGCAGAGGCAUUGCGCCAUGAUGAAAUGAAGAUCAAUGGGCGGGUGGAGCGGCCACUGCUGGUUGUGGAAUUCAAAUGGGCCCGGAGCAGUUUCUCUUUGUUGGCAUGCUCCAGAGUCAGGCGACAGCAGAUAACUUGACGGAACACCUUGCGGAACUGCCGAGAUGAGAUAUUGUAUAGGAGUGGGUUGAUGACGGAACUGAGGUAAAAGAAAGUAUCAGCAAAGGGAAGGAGAAUCAUGUAUGCCUUGAAAUAAGAGCGAGUCCAAUCCUGCUUUGGUUUUGCUGCAGCCAUGAGCCUUCGAAUCUGGUUUGGCAUCCAGCAUACUGCUAGAGUCACAACAAUCAGUCCUGAGUGUGUAAAGGGGAAGAAAGAGAGAGAGAAAAAACACAGCAUGUGAAAAAAAUUCAUAAAAUAUUUAGUCUCUCAGUUCUGCACUUAUCAGCUAGGAAAUGGUACCAAUUUUUCAAUGUUUUGCUUGACAGAUUUUUCUGCCACUAGCAAAAAAAAAAAAAAUUAACGCUAUUUCAAGGCCAGAGUCAUUGGCUGUAUUAAAAACCAUUAAAUGUAUAGAUGGGGCUUAUUUAUACCUGUUGAUGUCUGUUCAUUUUAAAAUGGUUUUAUUGAUAUUUGUAUCCUUGGAAAACAUUUUAUGUGGUCUAUGAAUUUGGUUUGUUUUUGCUUUCCUUUUUCUUCCUUUUAAAAAUAUAGCCAUAUUAGAUUCGGCAAUGUCUGUAAAAGACUACACUUUGUAUUUUAUGAGAUGUAGAGUUAGCAUUAUUUUUGGCAAUCUUCCUCUUAGAGAGAAUAUUUUUAAGUCGAAUGGAAGUGUAUAUAUGGAUAUAUACCCUUUUGAUGGGAAUGGACAUAUACUUAAUUAUGUUGGAUUCUUAUUAAAUUCACGUAGAAUCAGACUUUUGAAUGGCUUAUGUCACUAAGAACUCCAAAUGAGCAUAUAGGUGCCAAUUGGUGUUCAAUACUCACCAUCCUAAUGGCACACUUUGUAUUUUCACAGGACUUUCCCAUUAUCUCCCUCAGAGAGGAUUUGUUUUAAUGGUUAACCCUAAAAUCAGUAUAAUUUGGAUGGGGACUUGGGUCCUUCAUAAGUCUUUAAUCACACUUCCUCUCUCUUAGUUCUAUUGUUCUAUAAUCUAGAAAAAUAGUGGACUCCCAAGGAGGAGAAAGUGUUCACGCAACUAUUUAUAAAUUAUAAUUAUAAAGCACCCUCUGGUAUAAUCAAAAGCUGUAUUUACAUCUUUACAUUCACAUAUACUCUCAGGGCCAUAUGUAUAUGACUAUUGAUAGUUAUGCUACUUUGAUGGAGCAUGCCGUGUGAUGUACAAUGCACUUAACAACAAAUGUCUUGACUGCUUAUCUAAAUUGGGUAAGAAAUGAAGGGAAUGCUUAAGGCCACAUAUCUGCAUUGAGGGCCUUUCUGCCACUGAGGAGACAUUCAGCCACAUGGAUAAGAAUCCACAUUGCUUUAGUAUUUCAAGGUUUUCAAAAUGCUUUCCUCACAAUCAUGUAGCUAGUUCUGGAGCAAAGAUUUGAACCUAGAUCUCCUAACUCUCCGCUAUACCAUGCUGCCCCUCAUGAAAUUAUAAUGUAGUCCUAGAGGCAACUCCCAUUUCAUUUAGUUUUUUAAAAAACUUCUUUAUGUUGUUUUGGCUUUUUUUGCAUUUGGAUAAUACAGCAAAAGGCAAGAUUCCUUAUUGUUUUAAUCUACUAACAAGCUGCCUAACACUCCCCAAUUAAAAUUUGGCCCCUACAGAGGCCAUAGGGAAAAACAAUUUCUGGCAAUGGUCUCUUCCUGUCUGAGAUCAAAAAUGAAUAUUUUCUACAAUAAAAACUACUCCAGGAGAAGUGAACACUUUGACUAAAGUCAGAAAUGGCAGUCCCACUUUGGCUUGACUUGGUCUCUCUUUGCAUGGUAGUAAAUUGCCUUGGGUGAGUUCUCAGCAGUGAUUCUGAAAUAGCACUAUUCACCCAACAGCCAAUUUUUAGAGAAUAAGUGAAUUCAGUUAGGAAAAAAAACAAAACAUAAGUCAAUGAUGACUUUAUUUCACAGGUUCCCUGAUUAUUUUGUGACCGUUUUAAUUUUGAAAAAUUUCUAAUGUCAAGGUUUAUUUCCAGUGAGGUGGUACGGUCAAUGGAGCAUCAGACCUGGACUCAGGAAGACAUGAGUUCAAAUCUAGUCUUAGACUCUUACUAGCUAUUUGACCUUGGGCAACUCACUUGACCUCUUUUUGCCAUUAAUUUUUUCAUCUGUAAAAU